ACGAUCCCCAUCUGGCAGAACAAACCCCACGGCUCAGCACGCAGCGUCGUCAGGAGGAUCGGGUCAAACCUCCCUCUAAAGCCCUGUCCCAGAGCAACCUUUGAGGUUCUACCCAAUGUUUCGGAGCUCUAUUUAAAUGACGUCCCGCCAGUCCCCACCUUGGCAGACAUUGUGUGGAUCGCAGCGGAUGAUGAGGAAACAUACGCCAGAGUCAGGAGUGACACCCGCCCGCUGAAGCACAAGUGGAAGCCGAGCCCCUUCACCGUUAUCCAGCGAAACGCUUCGGUCCCCAACCUGAGGAAGCAGGAGGAGAAGCUGCUCGCCUUAAAGAAACCUGGGUUACCCGCACUGAGCCGAACAACAGAGCUCCAGGAUGAGCUGAGUCACCUCCGCAGCCAGAUAGCUAAAAUAGUCGCUGCCGAGUCAGCUUCUGCUUCAUUAACACCAGAUCUGCUAUCUCCAGGAAGUUCAAAUGCAUCUUCUCCUGUACGUUGCUUUGGACCCUCUUUCCAAUCUACAACGUCCUUUGUCAUUAGCGAUAUCACGGAGGAGGAGGCGGAACUCGAAAGCCCCGAGCUCCCCUCAGUCUCCUUGCUUUGUUCUGCAACCUCCGAGUGUUGCAAACCAGACCCAAAGGAUCCUGACGAGGAAGAUUCUGUGUCUCUUUCCAAGGCCAGCAGCUUUGCGGACAUGAUGGGCAUUCUGAAAGACAUUCACAGGAUGAAGCAGAGCAAAGACUUAAACCGACCAUCAAUGAAGGAGGACGACCCGGCCGUUCUCAUAGCAGAAGUUCUGAGAAGAAAAUUUGCCCUAAAGGCUGAAGAUCUGACCAUGAAGGAGAAAUGAUGUUACUGUCGUUAAACUCUGUAAGCGAAAGUGUUAUGCUCCCACAAUUUUCUCCACAGUAGCUGCCUUCCUGAGGAUUGAGCCUUUUGCCUCUUUUCUGAAUUGAAAUGGUUCCUGCACCGGACACUUGCUUAGGAAGGGCCCCACGGAUUUGAUGUGUUUUCCAUGUGUUGUUAUAUUUAAGAAAAAAACUUUUUAAGAAGAUGGAAAUUCUUUUCCGCCUGUGUUUUGAUGUUGAUUAUUGAUAAGGAUUUUCUGAAGAGCGCAAUGAGUGCUGCUGGAUGACGUUCCUUCUACCUACAC